AUGCCUUACACCCUCCUAGUGAUUGGCACAGGUUGUGAUGCUCCAACGACCGCGGAGAAAGGUCACCGGAAAUCACGGAAAUCUUGUUCUUCUCAAGUUGAUCGACUCGAAUGUCUCAGAGACUUAGAAUACAAUGUCCUUUUGAAUGCCAGUAUGACAUUGCUCCAAACUCUCCCCUUUUCUUGGCAAGUCACCACCUGGGGGCCGUCCUGUAAAGCUGGCUCACUUAUCGAUCGGCGUCCAUCUGAGAGACUUAUCGAUCACGAUUUCAUAAAGAAGCAAAACUCCUCCAAACGAAUUCAAUACAAGCGAGAGAUAUUGAGUCUUGGUAUUAUCUCUCCUAGUCCGUCCUCGUCCAGCCUCAAACGGAGCCGAUCCCAACAGAGCGUGAGCCGGAACCGGACGAUCUCGCCCUCGGCACGCAAGUCACUCGAGGCGGUCCGCUACGGAAGCUACUCGAUCUCGGGCUCGCCUCAGAUCUCUCCUAGUCCGUCCCAGUCCCGUUCCCAAGACGUGAUCGAAAUCAUUUCCUUAGCCGAUCAGGUGUCUUCUGAUACAUCCGCCACUCAACCUGAUGGCUUGGAUGCGGCCGAGUUCGUUAUCGCAGUUGAAAAGUGCAUCGACAGCGACAGCGGUCUCGUUCAAAAUUGCACCAAUGUUUACUUGAACGUUAGAAAGAUUCAGAUACUAAACCAGCAACCCACUGUUGUUGUAGCCAUUUGGGUCGACGAGAACCUCGGGAAUGGUAACUUUACAGCCCCGUUGAUCAAAGCGGUCUAUGGGUUUGUCUAUGGACUGUUGAUGAAUCCGGUUUGCGCGAUGAUUGUGAUGGUUUCUGAGGAUUCGGUGCGGGCUCAUCGGGAGGAACGGCAACAGGCGAGAUUCAAGAACCCGGAGAAGGAGGCCAUGAAGACGACGGCAGCGGAGCGAGUGGCGGCCGUUGAUCCUUCAAAAGCCAUGAGCCCUCCGGCCCAAGACGCCAAGCCUUCGAUGGCCCAGAUCUUGAACAACCCCCCUCAACGUGUCCAAAGUCUAAACUUAUCCUGGCCUCCUGGUCUACUUAACGGGCACGUAGAAUGGGCUAACCAUACAAUCAUCUGGAUCGACGCUUUAAGUCUCAUUGAAGAAUCUAAGAGAAGGGCCGCCGGAUUGAGCACUCAGGAAGAUGGCCAAGUCACUCGAUUCGUGAAGGAAUUAGCUGGAGGUCAGAAUUUGCAUAUUAAAUUCAGCUUAGACGAAGACGAAAACAACAUUUAA